UACUGAAGAGCUGUUCUGAAUAAAUUGGAGGAAAAAAAGAUUUUCAGUGAAAGAAAACAUCUACCAGUUAUUCUUUUUCACAACCCCGUGGCACAAUGAAUUAGUCUAGUUUUUCUUACAAGAAGAUCGGAAAUCAUUUGAAAUGGCAGAAUCCUUUACUAAUCAAACUAUGGGCUGAAGUAAUUCACGGAGGUGUGGUUUAGUGUUGACCAUGAAUCGAAGGAAGAAGACGCUAGCCUACUUGAUAGGCUUAGCCGUGAUUGUAUACUGCAGUGUCCAGGUGAUGUACAUGAAAGAUGUUUACAGCCCUCUUCAGGUCCUGGCAGAUGCACACAGUGAAGCCAAGAGGCUAAUGCGCUUCAUUACGGCAUACCAUUUCAUGUGUAACAAUACGUUGACGUUGUCUAACACCACUAGUUGGCCUAUCUGUAUUGAACAAGAUGGAGGAAUCAACAUGGAUACAUCAUUGCCAAAAGUUAUAUAUUCCAUAGGGCCUUCAAAUUAUGACUUUGAAGAGGCAAUUGCUAGAAACAUUUCCUGCAAUGUGUACAUUUUCUCCCAUGAAAAACCUCCACUAGAUUUCUUCAUGACCAAAUCCAACUACACUCACUUCAUUCGAUCUGCUGUUGUGCCAAAUGAUCCAUCUGAUUUUUCACGCAACUCAUAUGAAACGCAGACAUUAAAUAAUGCUUUGGCCAUCCUGAAGCAUAAAUCAGUUGACAUUCUAAAAAUAGAGCAUGUCCUUGACCCAAGUCGUUCCUAUGACUUGCUGUAUUAUCUCAUAAAAGAUGGCAUUAUGAAGAGGGUCAAUCAGGUCUACUUCUCUGUUUUAAUUGAUAAGAUAGAUGACGACUACUUGUAUGCUUGGUAUCGAACUCUCUACAAUCUGUUUCACAAGGCCAACUUCAGGCUGUACCACACCGCUACAUCAAAUCAACUCUGUCUCCAAGUCACCCUCAUGGAAUCUUGCCUGUACUACAUGUCCUGGAUCAAAUCUCCAAGUCCAAGGGCAUUCAUCAUGUAUCCCCCCGCUGUUGAUGGUACUUAUGAAAAUGAGAUGAAAAGGUUGGAAGGUUAUCUGGACACUAAAAAUUCACAAUGCAAGGAAGUCAAUCAUGUCAGCAUAUCAGACAAAACCAUUCUAGAUCUCUGUAUGGAUGUCUUGAAGCUCCGGAAACCCUGUAAACUUGUCAUCAUCAAGGAGUCCAGAUCCCCCAUUACUGUGCAGUUUAAGGACCAGGUCUCGUGUGAUGUGUUUGUGAUACAGGGAUCAGAGCUGGGUAUGGAAGGGGACGUUACUGUCUUCAGGACCAAUAAUGGAGGAAACUUUGUUACUAAUGUACAGACUCUAUCACUAAAUGAGGCCAUGUUCAGAUAUCUGAAAGCUGAUUCAUACAACUUCCUGUAUACCGACGUUGACAAGGAAUUCUGGGAGUUGCUGUCAAUCAUUCUAGAUACUGCAGUCCUUCAGGGUGUGGACCAGAUGAUCUCUGACUUGUCACUGUGGGAAGAAAUCAGCCAUAUGAACAUUCGGCAACGCUUCAGUGAACUCAAACGGCUGAAUGCAUAUGGCCUUGAGUUACAUCAGUACUUUGAUCUUCAAGAGAGCGAGAGAUUGUAUUUUACCAGCCUGAAGCAUAAGAAAAAGAGACUAAGCUAUAUCAGGACAACUCAGAGUUUGAAAUUGAAGUGAUCUGUACCUUUUGUUUAUGACUGAGAUUUACCAUGGGAAAUAUUUAGAAAUUUCAGAUGGAAUACAACCAUGUUACAUAGUAGCAAGAAAAUCAUUUUGUCAUUUGAAUGUAUAAAUGAAAAAAAGGCUUUUUAAAAGUAUAUCUGCCUACAUAUCAGAGUUCAUAUUGAAAUGAAUUGGCAUUGAAGAAGAACAUUAACACCUUAAUGAAAGAUGUUUCCAGGGAAGAAAAACAGAAACAUGUAAUUUAAUUCCAUUUUAUUGAUUUUAAUAUGAAUUAAAUUUUUUCAUGCUUACUCACAUGUGAAAGUUUAGAUAUUUUGCUAUUUCUUUAUGCUAUAACAUUUGCCAAAAUCUCUUUUAUCUAUUUAUUAUCUAUUUAUUUUUAUGAAUGCAUUUCUUAGUGCAGUCGGAAGGUUAUGCUUAUAUACACAUGAUAGUACAUGUCUUUUGUAAUUUCUUUAGUUCAAAUGCUUACAGGUGAUUUGGAUACUGUUAUCCAACACAGGUGAUACAAUAUUUGAUGAGAUGCACAAAUGUCAGAUACAUGUAGAUAUGUAUACUUACCAGUAUCUAAAUAGAUCCAUAGAUAAACUGUUUAGUGUAGGGUUUUUGUGUGCAAUGUAUGUGUAUAUACCUGAGUUUUAUUGUCUGUACCAUCUACAUGGAUUUAUACAAAUUUUUGAAUUAUUGUCAUUUGUUAUGAAGAAUGUUAUUCCAUUCAUGAUUAAUAUUGGAAUAAGGACUGCUUGAAGAAUGAUGAUAAAUACAUUGUGCAUUAUUUGUCAUAGAUUUUCAUGUUAUGUUUCCAUGGUCGUAAAUAUUGACAAAAUCAUUGAGUUACCAGAUUGAAGAGUAUUCUUGUUUUAUGUCUUAGCAUUCUUCCAUUCAUUACCUUUAGAGUUCAUUUAUACAUGUACAUAAAUUUAUAAAUAUUUGCUUUUUUUAUUUUUACCUUCUAGAAAAAUAUGUUCUUUUUUUAACAAAAAUAAAUGCAUGUAAUAUUUUUUUAAUUUUUUAUAUGCAAAAAUCUUUCCACUAGUUUGCCAUAUAUAUGGACAUUUAUCAUGUAUUUUCUUCAGCUAAACUAAGGUGAAGAUCAUAUAAUAAUAAACAGAACACUCACUUACAUUGAGAUGGACUGAAAAUAUAUUUCAGUUGUGUUUUACACAUAUGUUUCAAAGGUUGAAAGAUAAACUAUCCAAGAACACAACAACUUAAUUUUUGGAUGGAUGAACCUGCACACUCCAAUUUCAACAAAACUAUACAAAUAAAAUUAAAUUUCCCAUACUGGGGAAAUUCUGUUCUAUUUCCACUUUAUUUUUCGUAUUUUAAGUCUGCUUACUUUUACAAGUCAGAAAAAAGUUGAAAAGAAAUUGUUUGCUAAAUUUUUUUGUGUUCUGUCUAAAAAUUUCGCUUAAAAAGUGAUACAAGUGUAAUAGCCCGCUAGUAUAUAAAUGGUGCCUGUUUUGGAGGGUAACAGUUGAAAUUGACACCCCAAGGAAAACCAUUGUC